CAUCAUCACUGAAAGAGAGGAUGUCACGAACUUUCAUAUGUUUGGAAAAACAGCUGAGAAUUUCUUAGGAUCAUCGACACAUCAGUUCAUCUACAACAAUCCAUCCAUUUUCCCACCUCUGAUAUUCAAAAACUUACCAAGACUAUUAUUUUCCAGCUGUGUUUUGGAGCCUUCAGAUCUGUCGUAUCAAUGUGGAACCGUCGUGACAAACAGGCUUGACAACGACCCCAUCACUACAGACACACCUCUAAUAGCACCUUCAACAGUCAUGACAGUUGUUGCGUCAAGCUCUGGAGCUCCUCCUCCAGCAAUGUUUGGCCCACCUUACACUGAUACAGCAGCUUCAACGGCCAUGCAACCGAUUGCAUCGAACUCUAAUGCCCCCCCUCCAUCAAGCCCAACAACUCCUGCAGUCCUUGGUCCACCUCGCGCUGAUCUUUGCAGCAGCAAAAACAGCCAUUACCGCUCCACGACAACCUCUAACCCAAUCGUUCACCACAAGCAAGAAGAAGGCUCCAGUUUAGCGCUACAGCGACAUAUGAAAGCAUAAACAACUAACAGUCUUAUCAAGCUCAGAGUUCUUUUAAAACAGUCCCAUCGAAAGCUAAGGGACCAUCUUGGCAAAAAAUGUUGGAGCAGAGGUAAGCCCUCUUCCUCGACCAUGAUGACUCGAAAACAGUACUCGUCAAGAAAAUGGGAUCCUUAGCAUCGUCCGCCCCUGAGGUGCCUUCUCUCAGUGAAAUAAAAUGUCCCUCUUUCAUUAGUCUGUGCAAAGCAAUCGUUUGCUUCGGCAGUGGCAAUCUUUGCUAUAACUAG